AAGAGUGCUGCUGGUCCAGAUGGGUGAAUAAAAAGAAGAUUAGGAUCUCCUUCUACAUCACAUACAUUCUUGAUGAAGACAAAGUAUCAACUGUCAUCAUGUACUGCUCCAAAAGAUUUUUCUUAGGGAUGAGUGGUGCUUUUCCAUUAUGAGGUUUUUAAUUGAACAAAAAAAUCGAGGAUGGCUUUUUAUAACAAGUUACUCUUUUUAACUUCUAAUCAAUAACAGUAAAAUGGUUUGUAAUUGUGAACAUUCCUGGGCAUCAUGUAUUGUCUUCAUUGCCAAAAAUCUCUUCUUGAGAUUCUUGCAUAAGAAUCCUAUGUUGAUUUUUACUAAGAAGGGGAAAAAUUAUUUAUUUAUUUAUCAAUAUACUAUUUAGUACAAUAGUAUUGGACAUAUCAGGAGCAUUACAUAAAUAUUAUUUACAUAUAAAACAUUAGCAGAAUGGGAUAAGACAAUGUGAGGAUAAGGCAGGAAAUAGGCCAUGGCAUAAUCAAAACCAUCCCAGCAUUCAUCGUAGUGCCAAGGAGAAACCAUGGAAAACGCAAGUCGGGAUGACUGGAGGGAGAAUAAACCCCAUUCUCCUGAAUGUGAGAGUCAACUGCAUUAAGAAUGGAGUAGCCACUUCACUCACUAGGGGAAGGGGAAUCAUAAACCACAAUAUCUGCAUUGUAUGUGUGACAUGCACAAUAAUAAAUAAAUGGAAAAGAAAUUUUGAGAAUAACAACACUACUGAAAAUGUGAAAAUAUGUGAACAAAAUACAUAAUACUGCAGAAAAGUACAAAAAGCACAAUAAGUCAGUCAAUUACAUAGGUAAAUCAUGAAUCUCAGAUUUAAAACAACCCUUAAAAAAGUAAUCGCAUAAGCACAUUAUUUAUCUCUGCUUAAAAGUUUAAAGCGCAAGCACAUGAAAAGAUGCCGACACUAUAACCAUCACAAUAACAUAAACACCAAAUUCCUUCUUAGCCAAUGUGUACCACACUGUAACUGAAAUAGAAAAAAAGAAAGCAGAAACAUUCUUUGCAAGGAAAUAAUCAAAAUAACCCAAUAGUCCUUCUAAUUGAAUAAGAAACACUUUGCAAAAGGAAAUGGUUUUAACUCUGAUCUAAAAGCCAUCUCCAGCCUCUUUAUUUAUGUUGGCAGCUGAUUUAUAAAGAAUGACACCAAAGCACCUCACAUGUCCUUGAAUGCAGGUUGUUCUAUUGUAUUCCAUCUGGAGGGACCCACAGUUUGCAAUCAGAGUUGGUUAGCAGGUCUCCAAGUCUUGUCAUAAACACACAUUUGGAUAUGUACAAGGAGGGUACAGUAAGCAAACACAAAUUUUUGAAUAGGGGCUUGCAUCGAUCCCUAGCCAAACUAUGUGACAAGAUUCUGAUAACCCUUCCUGUAAUGCAAAAAUUUCAUUUAAUCAGGUAUUAAAUUUACCCCAGAAAACUAUUCCAUAAGCUGCAAGGGGCUGGCAGUAACCAAAAUAAUCCAUUCUAGCACCACCUGAGGAGUGAACAUAAGAAAUCAUUCUCAGAGCAAAACAUGCAGAACUCAGUCUCUGUGAGAGAUCAGCUAUGUGGUCUUUCCAGUUUGUCUUGGUUGAUAUAUGUUCCUAAAUGUUUUAUGCGUCACACCAAAUAUUAGCCUUGCAGUUAUUGUAAAUGCCAGAUGCAGUUGUUAUUUGUACAUCAUCCUCAAUACACAUUUUACAAUUCCUUCUAAUCCAUUACACAUAGACAUACCAUGGCUAGUCACUAGAAAAGGAAUCUUCAGCAUCAGUAGCAAAAACAUUUUUGUGUUCACACGAGUAUUUAAAGCUUUCUCCUAUUUUUAUAUUGUCCGCACCUGGUAGCUGAGUGGUCAGUGCGACAUCCUGUCAAUCCUACGGGCCCAGGCUCGAUUCCCGGAUGGGUCGGAUAUUGUCUCCACACAGGGACUGGGUGUUGUGUUAUCCUAAUCAUCAUCAUUUCAUCCCCAUCGACGCACAAGUUGCCGAUGUAACGUCAAAUCGAAAGACUUGCACCAGACGGGCGGUCUACCCGACAGGAGGCCCUCGUCACACGCCAUUAUUAUAUUUUUAUAUUUAAUGUUCAGCCAACCACUUCUUUCUGAGCAGCUUUUAUAAAUCCUACAUCAUGAUCCAUAUCAAUACUUGUAAAGUAAUGGUUUACUAUUACCAAUUUGUUUUCCAUGUUUAUCACAUAAACACAAACAAGAUGGAUUGUACAGCUGCUUCAUGUCCAGUAGUAACUCGGGAUUUCAUUCUGAAUUACAAAACUGUACUUUUCAGGAAAGUCCAUUAACAGAAUUGCUUUUUCAGAGGUUAGAUUUUCUUUCAAUUUUUUUCAGGGAUCUCACGUGACACUUAGUUGUAAAUAAAUAAAUAAACAACUGCUGGUUAAGUGCCUUUAAUUUUGUUACAAAGUAUUCAAUAACAGUUACAGAUUUCUUUAACAGUUCUGUCUUAUGGUUUUUGUUAACUCACUGGAUGUACUCUAUUUCUUUAUCAGCAACUUCGGUAAGCUAAUUUUACAUACUAACAGUCUGACAGUUUGUCAUCACUGGGACAGUCGUAGUUUUCUGAGUUACAUACAGGAAAUUCUAUAAGUUCUUUACAUGUUUCUUCAGAGUGUUCUGUAUCCAAAAGCAGUUUUACAUUUUGGUGGUACCACAGAGACAUACCGAUGAGUGCCUGCGGUGUCAGUUAAAAUACACCACUUUGGUCUUAAUGAACAAAGUUUAGAAAAAGCAAUAUUAACGUUUGGGUUCUCACAUUUAAAACAAGGUCAUUUUACACAAACCAUUUUUAUUAACAAUAUUAUUCCAUCAGAAUCUUUGGGUUUCUUAACAGUUUCAUCAUCUCUACUUUCAGAAAUUUUGAGACUGUAAUCUGCUCCACUAUUUCUAGCUUCUGUUUGUCAUAUAAGGCCUUACUGCAAUGUGGAAUGGAUUGAAGUUUUAAGGGAAAGCAACGCAAAUCUUUCAAAGUUUUAUUUGCAUUCUCAGUAUGUUGACUUUUUAGUACUGCCACAUGAAAUGUCACCUCUCACUUACCUGCAUAACUUUCAUUUCCUUCACUGAUUUUAGUUUUUUGCUCACAAAUCAUAUGACAUGUUGUACACAGUUUUUUGCUGUGUUUUACAUAGAUUCUUCUAGCACUUAUAGUUCUUCCUUGAUCAUCUUCUGGAUCAUUGCAAUGCCAAAUCUUGUUGGUCUUCAUUCAUCGCUGAAAAUUUUUGAAGAGUUUUUACUGGAGUUUAGGGCACCAAAUGACUUGAUGUUAACUGUGACUUGUCUUAUGCUCACCGCAUUUAUGAUAACAGAGGAAAGUAACUCACAGAAUGGCAGCUGCUAAAUGGCCUGUUGAAUUGCCUGGACUAGAGCAGCUAGACAGGCUCCUUCGGUGUGGAAUAUGCUAUGAAUAUUUCAGUACAGCAUUGAUGACGGGGUGUUCUCACAACUAUUGUUCAUUAUGCAUCAGAAAAUCUCUUGGGUACAGAACAGAAUGUCCAACAUGUAUGAAGGAAACAUUCGAGUCUCAUCUUCGAAGCAAUAGAAUAUUGGAUGACAUUGUCACUUUGUAUGUUGGGUUUAAAGGUACACUCUUGCCAAUGCUGCUACAUAAGCAUAACAGAUUGACACUGAAUGAAGCGCCAUUUAGUUCAGCAGACGCUGCAGAUGAUAAGCCUGCAAAUACUAAGCAGCAAAUAAAAUGUAUUCCAAGUGAGCGGGAAGCAACAAUAAUAUCUGAAGAGAAACGUAACUGUGAACUGUUUAACAGAGAAAUUAUAUCAAACCCAACUGUGAAAGAAAUAUCAGAUAAUGACCUAAGAAAUGUUGUAACUCCACAAAAAAUCAUCUUUCCCUCUCAGCUGGCUGUAGGGAGACCAUCAACUUCAAAAUCAUCCAUUAAAAUACCAGCCAUGUUUACCAGCCCCAAGAAAAGUGUACAAAAUAUAGAGCCAGCCUUAAAAAAAGUUACUUGUCCAGUAUGCAAUGUUGACAUCCCAGAAAAGAAUAUAAAUUUCCAUUUGGAUAACUGCUUGAAGCGAGAAGAAGACCAAGUGAAGAUCAGAGAACAACAUGAAACUCGGAAGCUACUGAAAAAACCAGUAUUCAGUUUAUUGAAGCAGGCUGACUUGAAAAAGAAAUUGAAAGAGCAUGGAUUAAAUUAUACUGGAAGUCGAGAAACACUUAUUAAAAGAUUUGAAAGGUUCAUCCUGUUGUAUAAUACUGAGUGUGAUUCGCUGAAACCACGGCCAGUGGCAGAUAUCGUAAGACAAUUAGAACAAGAGGAACAGGAGGAAAAGAAAAUACCAGCUCCACAAAAGAUACUUACGUUUCCAAAAAAUAGCGAGAAAUCUGAUGAUAUACGCAGAGAAUAUUUGAAAAAGAACAAAUCAAGUUUUGAAAACUUAAUACAGAUGGCAAAGCAGCGACUGCAACAAGAAAAGCCAGCACAGCUUGCAUCCAGUUCUAACACUGUGAAAGUAUUGGAGGAUGGUGAUCAGGACAGUUUUGGUAACAAUUUCAAGAGAAUGGAGAGUGGUCAAAACAUUCUUCCUAGUAAUGAUGGCGAGAGUAGCAGUACCUCAAGUAUAACAAAUGAAGUGGACAUAAAGAAUAGUGCCAAGAAGUGCUCUAGGAUGCUUCAAUACUCAGAUGAUGAUGAUGACAAUCCUGAAGAGGGUGUCCAAGUUAACUGGAAUUUUCCUUCUACAUCUUUGAUGAAUCAAGCAAGCCAUUCAGCUGAUCAUGCUGCCAAAAAUAUGUGUAAUUUGGUUGGUGACAAUGUGCCUGUCAGUGGAUCACCUUACUCAUCAACUGUAAAAACACCACCGCAAUAUGUGAGAAACAGUGAUAAAAAAGAUAGUGGGAAUGACAGUAAUACAGCAAAUGUACAAGCCUCACCUGUGUUUGCAUCACGAUCAUCACUAAAAAGAGUUAGAAGUGAUUAUUCAGAAGUUCAAGCAUCACCAGAAAUGUUUGCAGAGGAAAUUCAAGAGAGCUGCACUCUGAGAAAUGGUAAUGCCAGUGAUGCUGAGAGUGAGAAAAGUAUCAGCUUGUUAGAAUAUGAUGAAGGUGGCACCAGUAUUCCAGAACAAAGGGAAACACCAUGUCAGUUCCCUCAAGAAAUUGUUUCUAAUAAUGUAGAUGUAAAGGAUGCACCAUCUAAGGAGAUAGAUUUGGGAGGGUCUCCACUCCACCCAUCAUCUGAGGAAUAUGUUCCUUAUGUUCAUCAAAGAAAAAGCAAGAGACGAAAUUUGCAUGCUGCAGAACAAGAGAACUUUGAUAGAGUACUUAGAAAAAGAAGCAAGCGGUGACAGUGAACGAAAUUGCCACAACACGUGCUAAUCACUCCAUAAAGUAUAUCAAUGCAUGUAGAUAAGCAUUAGUGAUGCUUUUAAAGAACUGUAAAUAUUGUUUUGUACAGAUUAUGUAUAUUACAGAAAAAAUACUAUAUUUUUCUCAGUUAGCACAUCACAGAUUUGUAAUAAAACUAUAGUAAAGAAAACUUUUUGUAAUUUGUAAUAAAUGAAUUCAGUUUAUAAAAGAUUUUAAAGCGUACUUUACCAG